GUCCUUUGGUCCAGCUGCGUAAUUGUGUACGUGCUGUUCUCAGCUCAUUGUGUGUGUGCUCAUUGCCAUGCUGUGAGGUGCUAUUGUCUCCUCCCUCUUCUUUCGGCAGGGAAUGCCAGGUAACUUCCUGGUAGCCCGGAGUGGGCGUGAACCUGAGGCUGCUCACACAAGAGACUCGUGCAUGUGUUAUUUCCCCUGUAGCCAAUCUUAAGGAUCACCUCUUCAGGGAAACCAGGAACCUCACGCUGUUCAUUCACAUUUAUCUUCUGCUGUGAAGGAACAAGCUUAUUGUUGUCAAUUGGAGCUCACUGAGAUUACUGUGGUGCUUAAGAGUGUGGGCCAUGCUUUACACUGAGUUGCUGCGACUCUGGGACGAGGCCGUGAAGGCAGUGGACGGACGAGACUGGCAGGGUGCCCUCUCCAAGCUCGAAGGCAUCUACGAGCCCACAGCCCGCACCCUGUUUGUGACCGCAGCCGCACACUUAGCCCUGGGCCAGAUCCAGCCGGCCAUCCAGGCUUUAGACCAGACCAUUGCCAAGGAUGAGAGGCUUGCUGUUGGCUUUUACCAAAGGUCUGGAGUCCUUUUGCUGGCCGAUAGGCUGGAGGAGGCUCUCGCUGAUUGCAUAUGGGCACAAAAGCACAUGAGAGACAACGCUGUCAUCGACUACCGACAGCUGGGGCUGCGCUUUAAACUCUUCAGCUGGCAGGUGCUUUAUAAUGCAGCUGCGGUGCAUGUGCGGAUGGGCCACUGGGAUAAAGCCCGGGACAUCCUUUCAGCCGCUGCGGAGGAGAAGGGCGGGGCGGCUCGGGGCGGCGCUGUGGACGUGGCGAUGGACAGCAUCUCUAGGAGGGAGGUCCUGGCGCCCCUCCUGGUCCCAGAGGGAGAAGUGUUCAGGCCAAGGAAGGAGGAGGUUGAGCAGCUCAAGCAACGUGACUUCCUGGGAAAAGCCAAGGUGAUCACCUCCGUGAUCCCUAAUGAUGACUAUGCUGGUUUUGAUCCACUACGGGAUCAGAAGCCUGGGUACUAUGAGCCUAAAGUUGAAGGUGGACAGGAUUCGCGGUACAUGCGUCUGAAGAGUGCCUAUGUGGCCCGCACCCCUGAAGAGGUCUCUGUGCCCGCUGGAGCGAUGGUGUUCAUGUUCAGUGAAGCAGACAGAAACGGCAUGGCUACCGUCAUCCAUGACGGUCAGAAAGGUCUGCUGCCCAUCACAAUGCUCGAUCCUGUGGAUCCAAACAAGGCUAAAAAGAAAAAGAAGAGGAAUAGCGUGCCCAGUGGCAUCCCCCUCCCACCCUCACUCAAGCCCCCUACUCGUCCACGGACCCCCUCCAUCCCUACAGAGGCCCCUCCCUCUUAUGUGAGCUCCACCGGCCUUUCUCCGCCUCCUCAGUAUGUGACCCCAACCAGCAGCCCUUCCGACCUGGACCUGGCCUCCCCCUCCUCAGAUGACCCUGGCACCGUGGUAGUGAAGGUGCACUACAGAUACACGGUGGCGCUGCGUGUCCCAUCUGGCACACCGUACGGCGAGCUGCAGCAGAAGAUCGGUCGCAAACUGGGCCAGCCAUCCUCUCAGUUGCGCCUGAGAUUUAAACAUCAUGGGUCGCAGGCUCUCACACCCCUGGAGACCACAGAAGGCCUCCAGAGCCUGGCUGAGGUGGCAGAGGCAGGGAGAGCCACACUGUGGUGCCAGGUUGAGCAUCCCCUAGGCAACAGGACCAUUCUCUACCAGAUGGUGGCACUGUAUGACUACACUGCUCAGGGUCCAGAGGAUCUGGAGUUCAGUGAGGGAGACACAAUAGACAUCCUCAGCGAAGUCAAUGAGGAGUGGCUGGAGGGCCACACGGCCGGAAACAUCGGCAUCUUCCCCAGGUGCUUUGCCUACCAGGACGCAGGGGAGGCUGAAGAAGUCCAUCAAGCCACCAUUCUGUGACACCUGUGUCCAUUAGAGUAUGUGGGAGCGUAGGCACAAACAAACAAACACACACACACUAGGGAUGGGUUGUAUUUUUAUUUUUAAGCAUGGAAAAAAAGGACCACGAAUUACCCAGAACUUCACCUGACGGAGAAUUCCACAUUAAGUUACCUGUAGUGUGUCUAAAUCUGCCUACAAUUACCAAAUGAGAUAGUUAAGUAACCAACAACUGUGAAAUGUUUGAAUAAUCUGCAAAAUAAUAUCCAAGCAAAAACAUCUUCAAUUUUCAUAUCUUAAUCUUUCAUGAUCUUCUCACUCUUUAAAAUGUUUCUUUUUUUACUUCUGAUAUGCAUCAUUUUUUUUUUUGCGCUUUUGGUAAAAAGUUAUUAAGUGUAUGAACUUACAGUUAAUUCUCAGCAUAGAUACAUUUUGCGUAUUUUUAGGCUUUUGACAGUUACAUAUAUGGAUACUAUUUUUCCUGUCAAAACAAGUUGUGUAUCAUAAACCUGGGGCCACCCUGAUGGGCGUGUGUACUGUCAACUUGUCACAGUAACUCACUGAAGUCAACAGAAAUGUGUUACUGAUGCCUUGGGAAUGUUUGAAAUGUUGGUUUUGGCAGUUGAUUCCAAAUCCCCAUAUGUUUACAAAGGUUUACCCGUGCUGUCUUUUCAGUGCCUGGCCCAUCUUGUCUGGGAGCAUCGCUUUAAGUGAACUAAAAAUAACCAAGCAAAUCCACAUAUCAUGAACCAAAUGUGUACUCCCCACACAAAGUUCUGGUAAAAUGAGUUUUGCUCAAAUGAAAGCAGAGGUCACAUAUUUGAGCCGUCGUAAUUGGUCACAGGGUGUGAUAUGAGAUGCCUCGUAGUCUUUUCAUUCCCCAAUUUAAAAACACGCCAUCUCCUUUUAAGAGCUUGCUUCAUACCCCACAGACCGAGUACUAGGAAGUGCCAGACCAGAGAAUGCAAUUAUUCACAAGCGGCUGCAUUGAGCGAAUGUAAAAAUAGCGGGUUGUGAUUCAACCGCGUCCGUGUCAAGGCCUUAGAUUUCCCUUUUUUUCUCUCCUGCCCUCGCCGGUAAUUAAUAGGCAGACGACCGUCAGGGACUUUUUCGACGGCACAAAUGGUGGGAGAGAGUAUAGCACCGUGUCGCCCCCAGUCACUCACUGCGUCAUUCCGGGCAGCUUCUAAAUGCGUCCCCCUCCGUACUCCGCGCUCUCCCUCUGAUGCCUACUGACGCCUUCCCUCUGGAUUUAGUUUAGUUCAGAUACCAUCAUUGCAUUCGUGGCUGUUGGAAUUAUUCCAUAUAUUCUUCUGUUGAUUUAUUUAUUCAUUUAUUAAAUUGAUUUCAUCACAUAUUGGUCAUAUACUUUGCACAAAUGACUGUCGUAUCUUCCCAGCACUCUUGUACCAGCUCCUGUCAUUAAAAGCAUUUAUCACCUGUUGUACACAAA